UCCACAACAACAAAACAACAACAGAACUCAGCUGUUUGCUAGCUAACUAGCCGGCCUGGUUGUUCAGCGCUGUUCUCGGCAGUUUCCCGUCACUCUGGUUUAGCCGCAGAAGUUUUAGAGCUGCUAAUACGUCUGGCUAUGAAAUGGUUUCUAGAAAACCCUCAGUUAUGUUCUGCAGUUGGGUUUAAUUUUAACUUCCUUUGUCUCCUUUUUGCGGGCUUCUAGCUGAUUAGCUUUACGACUGAGGACGGAAAGGAGGCUGUCUGCUCGCCAUAAAGGCACUGAUGCAACAAUGUUUAUGGCAAAGUCUGACUCCAAAACCAACUGGUGGAGAUUCUGACCCCCACCAAUGACCACGAAUAUUAUUUCUUCACCGUUCAUCAUGUCCCCACGAAAAAGAACCCUCGUCCCGGUAAGCAGCCGGCGGAAAGCAGCGGACGACUACUUCCCCUUCAACUUGCUGCCGGUGGAGUGCCAGCUGCACGUCCUGUCCUUUCUGAACGAGGUGGAUAAGUGUAGCUGCGCCCUGGUUUGCGCAAGCUGGAGCUGCCUCGUCCGCUCGUGGAAGCUGUGGCGGGUGGCCGACUACUCCCGUCGUGUUGGCUUCCACCUCGGUCAGGAGGGGUUGCUCGUUUCCAACCGGGAGUUCGAGAGGUGGAAAUCCUGGGUCCAGCACUACACCUACCACCUCAUCUCCCGCCGGGCCAGCCUGCUCACGCUGAGGGCCAGCUUCGACCUGGGGGAUCGCUGCAACAAGUGGGGCGAGCUGCUGAGCCACCUACUGGACAAUGUCCACUGCAGAGACCUCAGCCACCUCGACCUUAACUGGACUUUUACUCUUUUAGAGCCGCUCGACCUCAGGGUCCACUCCAGCCCCAGUUCCCACCAGGAUAACAUUACCAAAAUGGACAAGGUGACCCGCUUUCAGGAGCUGCUGAGCAAGCUGACCCAGAACUGCCCACGCAUCUCCAAGAUGCGCCUACAUUUUGACUGGUCGGAUUUGUCCGUGUCGCUGCUCACGCAGUUCCAGCAGCUCCGAGUCCUCGAGCUCAAAUACUUCUGGGUCUUUAAAUGCGUGACUCCCUCAACGCUGCAGAUGCUCAUCAAAUCCCUGCCUAACCUCAAGUCUCUGACGUUAAACAUCUUGGUGCCGCUGAGGAACCUCGGCAUCUCCUACACCCUGGAGUCUCAGUCUCUGGAGUUUUUGGACGUGUCUCCGAGCCGAGGCUUGGUCUUCUCCUGCCUUAAGCUGCCAGCCCUGCGUGAACUUCGAGCCAAGAAGAUUGUCCUGCGUGUCACGCUGGACCGCAGGACCAGGACGCGCAUCCAGAGCCGCUGGCCCUGCCUGUACCACGUCCUCCGGGAGGGGACGCCGAGGCUUCAGGCUCUAAACAACGAGAGGCUCCUCCCUACAUGGAGAGAGAAAAGUUACGGAGAGCUGACUGCUAUCCUGGAACAGUCCUGCUACUGUGUUCAGCAUCUAGACAGCUGGCUGUGGUAGUCAUACGCAUGACAUUACAUGAAGUUCUUACAUUUAUCAUUUUAUGGUGAAAUCUAUAAAGGAGCUAAAUAUUGCUUUUACGUCGCAUUUUUUUAUUAUUAUUGUUUAAAAGAACUGAAGACUCAGAAUAACAAACUUGUUGCUGACAGAAGCAGAUAAAAGCUGAGAUUUGAUAGAAAAGUAGUUUCCAAGUCUUUAACAGAAAGCUGCUGUUCCAGUUGGAAACGCUGUCCAAAUCCUGACAAGGCAAUCACCCACAACACAGCUUUCUUAAUUUUGUCCAGUUUUCUCAAAGCUUAAUGUUAAUUAUGUGAUUGAAAAUCUGCUGGAAACAUUUGUAACGCCCACAAGCGGAUAUGCAUACAUUGUAGCUACAACUACACCAUGAGAUGUGUGCAAUGAGGCCCAAUACCAGAAGACAGCGUGUACUGGUGACGAUUAGAGAAUAAAGGCAAAAUGUUUUAGAUUUAUUUAUAAAUUUUAUUCUUAAGAAAUAGAAAUCAAUAUGGGGGGAAAGCUGUCAGCACUAAAUUCAAAGAAAUGAAGGUAAGAAAAUAUUGACUCUGGUAAAGUCUUAAAGUAUGACUGCUUCAUUCUGAAAUUGUUAACUUUUGACUGGGAAAGACACUUUCUCCCUCAUGAAAAUAUUUUAGCUCUAUUCUAUGAACAUUACAUUUGCAGAUCUUACUCUAAAACUAUUCUCUCGCUCCUCAGUAUAAAUACAGAAUAGGCUUGGUUUCAAUCCCAGAAAUAUUGUGGCUCUUCUUAAUAUAUCAAAAUUUAAUUUUACAGCUAAAAAAUUGCAGUUUUUAUUUGUAUUGUGUAUAUGUAUGUAUGUGUGUGUGUGUGUGUGU